UUGUUGGGGGGUGUAAGAUGUCUUUUCUUCGGAUUCGGGUUAGGAGGCAUCGGACUAUGGCAGUGGGCAUGGCACUUGGAUGUUAAGGGCUCGAGCUACAAUUUCUACCUGGUUAAGAAAACAAAACCAAGCUGUUCUGGAUGUUUUAUAAACCACCGACUGUGGAUAUUCCACGUUCAGAAGCGCAAAGAAAUGACACUAGAGUGAGUUGCGGAGCAACUUAAGGGUUAUGCAUAUCCUGUGAAUCAUGGCGUGGAUCAAGAGAGUGGUGUGAGAAUGGAUGGCCGGGAGUUUGUACACAUGCCUCCACCUGGGCUUCCUAUGGAGGGAGUCCGAGGUGGAGUUGCUGGUGAUACUGGCCGUCUUGUGUCAACUACUGGGCAUCCUUCUCAGUUACCGACAACAAAAUACCUACCAACAGCUCUCAGUUUACACUCCCACCCAGGUUUUCCACACCUAGCCAACAAUUUUUAUCCUUCGUACAUUCCCAUAAGUCAACUUGAUCCUGCUGCCAUUCGGAGCCCUCUGUUGUCUCAGAUUGGAAACCCCAGUAUUUUUGAGUCUCAAAAAGAUGGCUUUUACUUAUCUAGCCAUGUUAGCCAGCCACAAUUACACCCUCAAACAUCCAUAUCGAGGACUUCAAAUCAGGCACAGAACUCUCACCAUCAUGAAAAAGACACACCUGGUCACUCACAGAAAUGCUCUAAAGAAUCGUUGAAGGAAGCCAAGGAGCGAGUUUGCAGAAAUGAGCCUGUGGUUAUCUCAUCAAGGAAAGAGGGAAGAUUAACAGAGGAUCAUCAGGCUCGGAGUGUACUUGACUAUGCUUUGGAAGGUAGACUUGAAAGUGAAAGGAAAAGGGGUGGGCAACAGAGGAUAUCUAAGACAAGGGAAUGUGUGUCUCCAUAUAUGAUGGAGCUUUUGCUAAAUCGUGACUCCAGUAAUGUUGAAACAAAGGCUAAAAAUGCACCUCAGACAUCUCUGUUGAAUAUCUGUAACACAGGCAGCGAUCCACUCACAAAGGUGGCAGGCUAUGAACUGGGCAGGUGUGCCAAAGACUCCAGCAGGCAUGAUGAGAAUAUGAGGCCUUCAGGGCUCACAUAUAAAGACCAAGCAAAGACUUGUGACAGUGCAGGGACCUCCGCUAGAAAUGUACCUAUACUGUGUAGCUGUCCCUCCACACAGCCCUCCCAGACAUGCUCCACAUUUGCUGCACAUUCCACCAGUUCAGUUGCAAGUACUACCUUCCCUUUAGCCAAGGAGUCAGCACGGGAGCACAAGAUCACUGCACCCACUUUUGUGCCUUCACUUGACACAUGUGAUGAAAGGAAUGGACCUGUACAAAUUGCUUCACAGGCCCGAGAUGUAAAGGGAAAAGAAAUAAAUAAAAUAGGAGAAAGGCCUGAUGUUUCUCAGCAUAUUUUGCCUCUAGAGUACUCUUACAACAGUGAAGCCAAAUGGGGAGACUCUCUAAAGGAAAAAAGCUCUUUAAUUCGAUCUAACUCCUCUUUGAAGCGGGCAGCGGCAUCUGAUUCUUUCAUGAACCCCCUUGGGCUUGUAUGCCAUGAAAACAGGGACCUCAUUAAUUGUAAAGAAUCUAAGGAAUCAAGCAAGGUGUAUGAAUUGGCAGAGUUCCAGCAAAAACGUAAAGAACAUUUCCAUUUGAGACUGCAGGAGCAAAAACGGAAACAAUUUGAGAUGGGCAACUUUGCAACCACACAGAUGACUGUUUUAGCAGCACAACAUUCCCAGUCAAGCCAUGCAGAAGGGGAAACAAAAAAGGUUUAUCUGGACUCUCCAAGCCUACCUAGGUCUUCAGUAAGCUGUCGAAACAAUGCUGAAUCUUUGCACCCCUCUGCUCACGGUGAGACAUCUGCCAUGCAAAACCUUAUUAAAUAUAGUGGGAACUUUGCCAAAGAGACGGCUGCAUGGCAGGGCGGUGGCAAGAAAAAUGCAUUUGGUGGUCUUGGGACCAUGAAGUCGGAUACGCCAAAUAUUAAUAAUGUCAAGAAUCAACAGUGCCUGUCGCAUCCGGGAGGGAAACGGGAUCCUGAAAGAUCAGAAAGUGCCAAAUCAUUUGGGCGAGAAGUCAUAGGUGCCCAGGGAGAGGUAGAAGUUCGUCACCCACCUGUUGGGAUUGCUGUGGCUGUUGCUCGGCAGAAGGAUAAUUCUGGAAGCAAGGCUGGCAGUUCUAAAGGGCUCGAACCUUCAGAGGAGAAUGGUCAUGAACGAGUUCGACAUAGAGAGGAUCGCCUGUUGGUGGGCAGGUUGGAAUGUGAGCAAGAAAAGCUGCUUCGGGAAAGGAAGGACUUUGCAGAUUUUUCACGGAUCCAUUCAACUGGAAGUAGUGCAAAUGGAUUAAAUUCUAACCUUAUGGUAACUGGAGGUCCAGCUUUGACCACAACUGGGCACUGGCCAGCCGAUUCCAAUUCACAGUUAGCAGCACAGGCCUGGUUUCAUAGAGGAACUACUCCACCAAUGUGGCUCACAGGUCACCCUUAUGGUUUUUCCCAUCAAACACUUCAUCAGGGAUUAGGCGCUGCAUUCACUCCUGGAAUGACUUCCUCUCUCCCUUCUGCUUAUCAGUUUGUAAGAGAUCCCCAGACUGGUCAGAUCGUGGUUGUUCCAUCUGAGCAGCUAUCACACUUUGAACUUCUGGAUAGGUCUUCGGCUCUGUGGCAAGCUAUGUAUUCACCAACUCGUAGCUCUCUUCAACAUGCCCAUCAGCUUCAGCUCUUAUCCCAGCAGCAAAUUUUACGACAGCAUGAACUGUAUAUGCUGCAGCAGCAGGCAGCACAUGCACUAGAGCUGCAGAGGAGUGCUCAGUUAGAUGCCUUAGAACAGCAUAGAAGUGCCCAACUGGAUGCUUUGGAACUACAGAGAAGUGCACAGUUGGAUGCAUUGGAAUUGCAAAGAAAUGCACAUAUUGAUGCUCUAGAUCUGCAGAGAACUUCCCCUCUUGUGGAAAGCUUUAAGGUUUAUGGACAACAGACAGAAGUGGAGACUAAGAUUGCAAAGCAGAAUACAGGAACCUGUAAGCAGAGGUUGGAGUCCCAUCCAGAUCUGUUAAAACGAACUGUCCUUUUACCAUCUGCCCCAUCUUCUUAUAGUAAAUCGCUCAGCUCUCCUCCUCUUUCCCCAAAAACAAUCCCAAAAUCAGAGCACAAACAAGAAGGCCCGACCCAAGAGGAACAAUAUGAAUAUCUUACAAGUUCCCACCCAUCUACCCCUCCAUCUGGGUCUCCUCUACCACCCACUGUUCUUAGAGAGGACAUUUGUGAAGAGGAAGCAGAGAAGAACAGCCCAGAUAUGGAGGACAACACUUCCCCAUUGACAGGUUUGCUCACAGAUCUCUCCUCUGGAUACCAGUUCUCACCUAUUUCCUCAUCAUUCAGAAAACAUCACCCUUACACAGUGCAACCAACAGCUGGGACUAAUGUAGACUGUUCUACUACCGAUCUUCCUCUUCCAGCUGCCAAUCAAAUGGAAGACACUUCAGAGGAGAAGACAAACCACCACCAGCUUUUAGAACCAGAAGUCCCUGCUUCUGCAGAAAGAGAGCAAUCUUCAGAUAGCAUGUUAAAUUCAGAGCCCCUAAAUCACAAAACUCUUUGUAUUUCUAGUGCAGAGGAUAUUUCUGCAGAAGAUGCUGAAUUUGAGCAUGAUCUGCAGCAAAAUAAUGAAACAUCAAACUUUAACAAGGAAAAGUAUGAAGAGCAACCUAUGUAUGAAACGGAGUGCUUCUCUAUAAACAACCAUAAACCUGGAAAAGAAACUUGUUCAACUCAGACAGAUUUCAGCAGUUCCUUUAUUCCGAGUGCCAAGUGCCAAGUGAAUGUGAACAUCCAUUCUCAAAGCCCUGAAAUUUUUGCAUCUAAUAAUGAUGCAAAAGAUUUCGGAAAUGAAGAAAGUGCAAGUAGAGUACCAACUAUCAUGAGGUCUGUUUCUAAAACUAAGUUUAGUGAAAUGGACGAGGUUACAUAUGAACUACCAAGCACGAUACCUAUGGACAUAACAGUUGAGGAUCCCAUGGCUGGUAUGAAUGCAUUAGUUGCUGCAACAGAGAUGCCUCAAGCCAGUCAUCCAGUGCCAAAAGACAAUUUGUUUCUGGCUGAUGUAAAUACAAAUCCUGUUUUCUUACAAGGCAUUGCCCUCCUUAGUGAAAUGGCAGAAAUUGAAUUGGAAAAAAGAAAAAAAGAAUUUGAGAACCAGCAAAGCUGUCCGUUGCAAUCCUCCCUAGAGAGCCUAUUGGCUGCCAGCUCACAGAUGUUGAUGGAGGUUCUCUCAUGCCCUGUAUUGGACUGUAUAAAAGCGGAAUCCAUUCAAUUGCCUCGAGAGCUGAACCCUGACAAAAAGUACAGCUGGAUGCAAAAAAAAGUUGAACCGUUUUCCAUUAGAUCUUCCAUUGGGAAUAUGGACUCUAUGGAACUUGACUAUAGGGUGAGACUGGCAGAGCUUCAGAGGAUGUACAAACAGAAGCAGAGGGAGCUGGCGAAGUUACAUAGAAGAAGGGAUUUAGAGGAAAAGCAUGAUGAGAAGAAUAUGAAUUUGAUAAGAAGAGGCCCUGGCAGGCCAAGGAAGAGAAAACAUGGAACAAGUAGUCUGUGUUCCCUGCUGGAGCGAGAAAGGAUUGAAACCAAAAACAUAAAGCUGAAAAACUGCCUACUGCUCUCUGAAGAUUCUGAGGUGGGGGAGGGCAUGCUGAAGAGACAAAUGCAUGGUCUAGAAGAUGACAUGAUAGAAAAUGUAGGUGGAAAAAUUAAAAACAGAAUCCGAAGCUGGGAUGAUGAUGCUAGAGCUUCAAGUUAUACCUGUGAGGUCCUGAACCAAAGUAGAAAGAAACGGAAAUCUAGUGACCAGGAGCUGGCAACCAAACUGGACAAAACACUGUCCUUCUCUAAGCAAGAAAAGUCAAAAUUUAAGUUUGCAUUCAGCAGUGGGGGAAGUCAGAAAUAUCAAGGGAACAGCAAGCAUAUGGCAACUACUGAAUUUAAGGAAAACAAAACUCUUCGUUUACCAAUGUUAAUAUCCAAUGAAGGUAAAAACAAAAUGGUUUCCAAAGUGAAUAUGCAUGUGAUACUAAAGGUCAAAGGACAGAUAAACACAAGUCACUCACCAGCUAUUUCAGAAAUUAGCAACUACUCCUACUAUACAGACACAGAAGAAGAUGAGGAUUAUCUGCGGAAUGAGUUGGUUUCACCAUCUAACUCUCGAUUAGUGCAGUCUAGUAUGUACAGAAUGUUAUCUAGAAAGAUCCAGAUGACGCGUGGGUGCUUGCAAUCUCCUGAAAGGGGCGUCUCCAGCUGCAGUAGUGUCAAAACUAAGCAGAAAUGCAGCAAGAACAAGCAGCUGUAUUUACUCCAGGAUGCUGAAGUCAGAUCAAGCUUCAGCGAUUCAACGGAGGACUCGAUUGACCAAGACUUUACCUCAGAGGAGGAAGACUGUGCUCAUUAUGGCAUAGAUCACUUGUCUUCCCCACCCAUGGAUGAAAGUGGCUUGGGUCUUCUUGCUCGGUUUGCAGCCAGCGUGCUUCCCAAUCCUGUCACCUCCUCGCCGAUAUCCAUUAUCCAACUGGAAGCCAGACAAAAGGCAAAGAAGAAAGAGGAAAGACAGUGCCUGAUAGACUCUGAAUUUCAGUAUUCUGACUCUGAAAGGGAACUGAAGAUUGUUCGAAAUCCCUCACCCAGCACUAUCCUUACAAGUUCUUUGGAAACAGAGAGUGCUUUGCCGGUUCUCACUGAGGAUGAAACAAGUGUGAAAAGCUUAGAAAAGGGGAGUAUCAUCGAAAGGCCAAGAAAAAUAAAGAAUUUCAAAACCCUAGGAAAUUUAAGUGAGGAAUUUGGGCAAGAAGUGAGUGAUGAUGACCUGUGGGGCAGGCGCAGGAGUGAGCGAAUCUUCCUGAAUGACACAGUUAAUCCCACAUCUUUAUUGCCACUUCCUACAAAUGAUGUCAACUCAAUGUCUAAAUCCAAUCGCUGCGGCAAAAUGGCUACGAUUAGCCCCAAAAAAGCAAAACAGUGCAAAGACCACUUCAAGAAGAAGAAGGGAAAAGAACUCAUGCCUUCUUGCCUAUCUCCUAAUGUUACCUUGGCUUCUGUGUCUAUGAGCCGACUGAGUGUGACCAGUUCAGUAAACUGCAGCAGAACUGGCAAAUUAAAGUCGAAAGCUAAGGACAUGAAGAAAGAGGCAUGCUUGGAGGUGGCAAAAUCUUUUGGAGGAAACAUAACUUUUUCAAAUCGUGGCAAGGGUGGAGCAAUUAGCAAACUUAUGGAAAGCAUGGCUGCUGAAGAAGACUUUGAGCCAAAUCAGGACAGUAGCUUCUCAGAAGAUGAAAAUGUACCUCUGUGUUUACAUCCUGAGAGGCCAAAUACUCCUGCUCCAUGUUCCUGUAUUAUUGACAAAGAGGAGCUGAAGGAUGGGUUACGUGUUCUUAUUCCCAUGGAUGAUAAACUGCUUUAUGCUGGUCAUGUACAGACUGUCCAUUCACCAGACAUAUAUCGUGUGAUUAUAGAGGGUGAGAGAGGAAACCGUCCACACAUUUACUGCCAGGAGCAACUCCUACAGGAAGCAAUCAUAGAUGUAAAACCUCCCUCUAUUCGUUUCCUACCCGAAGGCACUAGAAUUGCAGCCUACUGGAGCCAACAAUAUCGUUGUUUGUAUCCAGGUACCGUUGUACAAGGGAGCAUGGACCAAAAAGAAGACCCUGACCUCAUUACAGUGGAGUUUGAUGAUGGAGACACAGGGCGAAUACCACUCUCUCACAUUCGCCUGUUACCACCAGAUUAUAAAAUACAGUGUGCAGAACCUUCUCCUGCCCUCUUGGUGCCCAGUGCAAAACCACGGAGUCGUAAAUCCAGCAAGGACCAAGUAGAAGCAAAGGAAGCAGGUUCUACAGGUUGUGAAGGAGUGUCAGUGAAAAGCAAGACUCGGGGUCGAAAACAAAGUCUUAAGCAUAUUGCUGGAGAAACGAUAAUAAAUGAAAACAAAGAUGAAGAAUCACUUUUGAGCACCAAAAUUUGUUCAGAAAAACAUGAAAAUUCACUUCAGACAAGUAUAAAGUUGGGUGCAAAAAUUCUCCAAAUACCAGAAGAGAUUUCACCUGCACACAGAACAUCAAAAAUCAGGAAGCCUGAACAAAUGAAGAUUGCCACCAAACUCUGCAACGCAAAGCAAACCAUUUAUACAGGACGUACUCUGGGAAAAGUGGAAAAUGGAAAUCCACAGUGUGAGUCAACAGUAAACUUGUUUGACCAAAACAGCUUAGAGGAUACAAAAAAGAUUAGAAAACUAGAAGAACAGAGAGACUUUGUAUCUGUUUCCACAAAGCAAAGCAAAGCAGAGAGUAAUUUUCUUGUAAAGUUGGAUCAUGAAGGAGUGAUGUCCCCAAAGACUAAGAAAGCUAAGGAGGCUAUGAUGUGGCUUGAAGAUGCCAGUGUAACAAUGACAAGAAACAGAAAAUACAUUAUGGGCUUGGGUUAUCCUCCUGUAAAACAUGAAUCCAAACAAAAGCUGUCUAUAUCAAAAUCUCAUUCAGCCAAACACAGUACAACUUUUGAUUCUGAAGCCCUAAAUAGUUCAGUAGACAAAUAUAAAAGUAAACCUGAUCAAAAACAGGAAAAUGUAGACACAAGGGAAGAGUCUGGCGGCAGUAGCAGCAACUCAGAGUCUGAGGGAGAGGAGGACAAAGAGAACAAACAAAGGCAAUCACAAGGAGAUGACAGCUCUAGCAUUUUAAAAUCUUCAACACCUGUAUCCUUGUCGAAGUCUUCAUCUAGCAGCAGUUCAUCUUCCUCUUCUUCUUCUUCAUCCUCAUGUUCAUCAUCUUCAGCUUCCUCAAGUUCCAGUUCAUUGUCCUCUUCAACAACGGAUGAAGAUUCUUCUAGUACUUCAGAGGACGAAACCCAAGAAUUGACUUCAAAUCCCAAAAACAUUCAAAUAUCUCUUCAAAAGGGGGAUAUAAAACCUGCCAUUAAACCUGGACCUUCCCAAAUCCAAAAUCAAAGGCAAAAAAAACAAGAGCAGAAAAAGGGAAGCAAAAGCAAACCUAAGAAGAGGGAAGGAAUCCAUCUGCCUACAACAAAGGAGCUGGCCAAAAGACAAAGGCUACCUUCUGUGGAGAACAGACCUAAAAUUGCUGCCUUCCUGCCAGCUAGACAACUCUGGAAAUGGUUUGGAAAACCUACUCAGAGAAGAGGAAUGAAGGGUAAAGCAAGGAAGUUAUUCUACAAGGCCAUUGUUCGUGGAAAGGAAAUAAUCCGAAUUGGGGACAGUGCAGUGUUCUUGUCAGCUGGACGACCUAAUUUGCCCUACAUCGGGCGCAUACAAAGCAUGUGGGAAUCCUGGGGAAAUAACAUGGUUGUAAGAGUAAAGUGGUUUUAUCACCCAGAAGAGACCAAUCCUGGCAAAAAGCUAAAUGACACAAAGAGCUGGGAUCAGAAAUUUGGUAAGGGUAACUUGUCGGGUCUGCAAAUGUCCAACCUAAGGAAGGAUUUUAUGGAGCGUGCCUUAUACCAGUCCUCCCAUGUAGAUGAGAAUGAUGUUCAAACUGUCUCCCACAAAUGCCUGGUGGUUGCCCUUGAGCAAUAUGAGCAAAUGGUAAAGACAAAGAAGUACCAAGACAGCGAAGAUCUUUAUUACCUUGCUGGGACCUACGAGCCCACCACCGGAAUGAUCUUUAACACAGACGGAGUUCCUGUUAUCUGCUGAUUACAAAGGACUAAUGUGUGUUAUCUGAUAUGCGAUAUAUUCUGUCCUUAAAAGUAUUAGACUAAAGGUGAACAUGGGUGAAAAACGUAUGACUUUACCCUUGCAGUCCUGUCCCAGAGGCCAGUAUCACUGGAUGAAAGAAAACCUUUAACUUUGUGGAAAAGCACUUAAGGCUCUGAGAAAGCUAAAAACUGGUUUCUUUGAACUUAUUCUACAUGUUAGCUGAGAAACGACAUACAGGAAUACAAUAUCAGAUUGUUAUAAAAAUUGUUAUAUAAAAAUGUUACAUAACACUUAAAUCUCAUUCAACAAGUGAAACAUGUAAACUUAAAUUCACAUUUCAGAAUUCAUUCUAUGAAUGGAUUGGUAUCAAAAACUCACUUAUAUUACACUAUUUUAUAGGUCAGAGUGUCAUCUAAUGGGAUUAUAUAUAAGAAGAAGCAUUUGGCACAUAAAGUAAAUAAUAAAAAAAAAAGAUGUCUCUUUUAAUGUUGAAUAAAAUUCUGAAAAAAAAUAACAGAGAACGCAAGCACUUAAAGAAAGAUAUGGCUUCUUCCAUGAUGACUGUGGAGGCUUUUUUAGAUUUUCAUUUUGUAAACAAACCGCUACUAUUUCACCUGGCAUUACAUACUGUGUGUGCAUUAUUAAUCAUGAUUUCGCUGAUAUUCUAGGGCAAAACGUCUCGCUUUUUUACAUGUAUAUUUUACAUGUUCAAAAAAAAUCUGAGGUGUUCCUGC